AUGCAGAUUACUACAUUAAUCGAUGUUAUCGCUGAUCGUCACGAAGUUGCUCCUUUAAUCAAACUCACUGUUUCUGACCAUGCUAAUAGCAGUGAUCAUGAACUUCCACCUAAACUCGAUCUUUCUUAUGAAGAAUUAGGAUCUAAGUUAGUGAAUUUCGCUAGGUCAAGAAAUGUAACAUUGGAAUUCAGAGUAGUUUCUUCAAGUUACACAAAUGGUUUGCCUGUUUUGAUUGAACAUUUGAGAGUUCAACGUUUAGUUUAUUCAGGUGAAGCUUUGGUUAUUAACUGUGACAUGAUGCUUCAUUAUAUUCCAGAUGAAACCCUUAUUACUUCGCUAAGAUCGUUGUUUCAUAAGGCGCUUCGAGGUCUAGAUCCAACACUUGUUGUUUUAGUAGACGAAGAUGUUGAUUUAACUUCAAGUAACUUGGUUAGUAGAUUAAGGUCAGCAUUUAAUUAUCUAUGGAUACCUUAUGAUACUGAGGAGACUUUUCUACCACGCGGAAGUAAACAAAGGCAAUGGUAUGAAGCUGAUAUUUGUUGGAAGAUUGAGAAUGUGAUAGAUCCUGAAGGUGUUCAAAGAGUUGAGAGAGUUGAAAGAGUUCAAAGAAUGAGAAAUGCAAAUUUUCAAGGGGUUGGAUUUGGUGAGGAAUGUGUUGUUGAAGUGAAACCUAUGCUUGAUGGAACAUGUUGCUGGAUGGGGAUUGAAGAAAGAAGAUGA